AUGGCAAAUCCAAAACUACUAUUCUUCUUCUUCGUCUCGCUAUGCUUCUCCACCUUCGUUCACUCCGAUUCUCACUUCGAAGGCUUCGAAGCUGAAGACGACGAAGUCGAUUUCGAAGAAUCAUCUAUCGAUCCAGCUUCACUCCGAUCACCUCCCUCUCAAUCUCUUUCCACCGAUCCCAAUCCUAACCCUAACCCUAACCCUACUCCUUCUCCACCCUCCGAUCUUCCCAAAUCCACACCUCCCUCCGCCACAACCUUCGAUUUCUGGGACGACGAUGAAUUCGAAGGUCUUCCCACUGAACAACAACACCCUGACCUACACGUUCCAAUCGCCGAUCCCAAAUCCACCGAUAGUAACAACACCACCACUUCCUCUAACGAUCACGUUAAGCCUCCUCCACGUUCCUUCACUGUUGAAAUCAUCUGCGGAAGUUUUCUGAUUACGUUCGCGAUCAAUUACUUCACCGGUAAAAAGGAAAACGAAAACAUAGCACUUUCAUGGGCUUCACAGUUCGCCGCGAAAGAUUCAAUAUUCGAGAAGAAUUUCAGUCUUUUAGGGAUCGGUGACGGCGGUGAUGAUACUCCUUUGUUGUUGAAAGAAGGGCAGACAACUUUCAAGUUUUAUGCUAGUGGUAGAAGGUAUUGUCAAGGGUUGUUGGCCACGUUGGAGUUGAAGAGUAGACACGAUCUCAUUGCGAGGAUUUACAAUUUGGUCGUUCCUGCUAAGGAUGAGAUUACUUUUGAGGUUUAUAUGAAUGAUGAUUCUAUGGAUCAUGUGGUUUUUGCCAUGGCUAGGAAGAAGGCUGCGAAAGCUAUGCAUAAGGAUUUUAGGGAUUUGCAGAGGUUUGCUACUAUUAUGACUCCUCCUACUUCAAGGAAGUGGGUUACUGAUGAUCUUGCAGUUAUUUCUGAGUCCAGGGAAGUUGCUUCUGAUUUGAUCACUGAUGCACUCAUUGACCAGGUUUUUGGUGACAAGGCUUUUGAGAAAUUUGGAAAAGGAUUAAUUUCAGUGCAUUUCUCUGACAAUCACCCUGGCAUCCACAAGAAAGUGCUGCUGUUCAAGUUUGUUCUUCCAGCUGCUAAAAAUAUGGCUGAUAUGACUCGACUGGUGGCUCUUGUUCCAUAUUAUAUUGACUUGAUUGGGAGAUAUAAAUUGAGUUCUCUGGCUCGGUCUAAGACAGAGACUGCACGGCAAAAGGUUGCUCAAGAGGUACAAAAAGAACUUCGAAACAUCCAACAAGAGGCCAUGCAAAGAAGAAAGGCGGAGAGGAAAAAGAUGUUGGAGGAGGCUGAGGCAAAGCUCGGUGCAGAGGCCAUUCGAAAGAAAGAAGCAAAGGAACGUGCUCGCCAAAUGAAAAAGUCAAUGCCAAGGAUGAAAAUGUCCCGUGGUGCCUAA